CAUGAAUGCAUCUAGCCCGGUUUGGCGCCCCCUCCCCUUUCCAUGGCCCGGAUUGCAUCCAGGAGCCUCACCCUCCGGCGCGGCUGGCGACGUGAGGAGACGACGCGGCGACGGCGACCUCCUCCCAUCCGACGUGCAUGCUCUCCGCCGUCUUCUCGCCGGUAACGCGUCGCCCUGGUCUUCCUUGCCCUCUUCUCUCCCUCGGGCACUGGGGUUCUUGGCUUCUUCUUGGUCGUGAGGUGGUAGGAGAUGUAGAGGAGGGGGAGCAGGACGAGCAGGGAGGCGGAUCUGGAGAGAUGGGCUCCGGCGAGGUGUCCUCGGGCUUGUUUGGCAGCGUCAUGGCCGGCGUGCUCGGGGCCAGAUUCGCGACGGUCCCGCAGGGCGACAAGCUGCACGCGGUGCUGGAGCAUGGGUUCCUGGGUGCGAUUGCGUAUUCAGAUAGAAGCUGUUUGUUACUUGCAAUGAUGCAUCUUGCUCUACAUUGUACUGGACACUAUUUUUACAGCUUGCCAAUGACAAGGACUACUAGCGACGGAUUUGGCAAAACUCUUGUAGAUUGUAGCAGCAGUUCCUAGAAUUGGUGAAGACGAGCCACCAAUGGAGAAAUGGAGAGAACUUGAGGCACUAUUACUUGCUGGGAGAUACGAGCUGGUCUGACCACAAUGUAGUUUUAGAUGCUAAACUGUAUUUAAUAUGGCUACUCCUAUGUUUUUUCUCUUCCAACUUGUAGUUUCAGAUGCUAAACAAUAUUUAUUAGCUUGUUCGUCGUUGAACUAAUAAGCAGCCUGUCAUGAAUUUAUCCAUGAGCUAAUGGGUACUAUGGAUGCAAGAAUCUAUUGUGCAUCA